AUGGAUUCAAAAAUGGAUAGCGGCUAUCUUUCUCCUGGAGAGACACUGGACCAUAAUUAUGAUGUGAUGAAGGAACUACUUCCGGAAGAAGUUAUUGGGAUAAUGGACCAGCUAUUAUGCUAUGAGGUAGCGUGGCAUAUGGGACAUCCACUUUCUCAAACACUAUUUACAUCGAUAUAUCUUGACCACUUACUUUGGCCGGUCCCUAAAUCACUGGAAGAUGCAAGGUUCGACGGCAACAAAGCUAAUCUAAAGAAAACGGAAGAAAAUGUAGCAGGUGGCAUUGUGACCAUUGUGUUGAGAGCUUACUGCCUUGCUUUAAUCAAAGCUUGCGCAUGUAUUCGAGAAAGAGUUGCAUCGGAGUUUUAUUAUGAGGAGGAAGAUUUUAGCACUCAACUAUACAACAGAAAGCUGCUCCCCAAUGUCAAAAUUGAGGAGAUUAUAGUAGUCCUCAACGAUGCUAUUAGGUGGCUCAAUCAUGAUGCGGGACCAAUCGACGAAACUCUCAGGGCUGCCCUUCUUGAUAGGCUCUCCUUCCGGCAUCAUAUCCUAGAGUAUCUGUCUCUAGACCUUGUUCUGGCACAGUCACGGUCUACAAAGAGCUUAACUUCCACACUAGGCCGUAUAGACCUCAUACAAAAGUCAUUACAUCUAGGAAAACCUGUUGAAGAUGCCUUUAGUGGCAAGAUUCAACGACGUCUCGCAAGCACUGUCCCUCCUCGUCCAAUAAUCAAGAUUGAACCACCAGAUGCUAUAUCAUACUUGAAAAGAUUCUGUCAGGACGCUAUCGAUUUACAGGAAAUACUAGAUUCUGAUAGUGCAUUCACCCUCUAUAAUUUACUAUGGGCUUUGCAAUCCCGCAAGCCACAGCCAGGUGUUUAUAUCCGAUCUUUAGCGCAAUCCAUUAUACUCCUGAAUGGACGGGUUCUUGAUAAGUUACCUGCCGAGGAAUUCUGCAGCAACAGCAUGAAGGACCUUGUGCUUCCAUUUAGCCCACUAUUUGACCCCAAAAAUAAGGAGGUGGAAGCUCCUUCAAACCCCAAGUUUCAUAUAGCGAAACAAAUGGAGACAUUUUUACAAGGAAUGACUCAGUACCCCUAUUAA